CUUACACACCCCACACUCACAAAUAUUCAACUUGUUUUGCGGGUGGGUUACUUGAGAGCUAGCCGCUAGAAAUGAAACGAUUGCAAGACGAUGCGAUUCAAAAACCUUUUGCUUCUUCCCCUGAAGAAUCGUAUGGCCCGCCCCUAGUCCCCGGCGGUGAAGCGUCGAGAAGGGUAGGAGGUGGUGGUGCUAGUAGCUCUCGGAAACUUACUACCGAUGAUGCUUUAGCAUACUUAAGGGAAGUUAAGGAGGUGUUUCGUGACCAAGAAGAAAAGUAUGAAGAGUUUCUUGGUUUUAUGAAAGACUAUCGAGCUCAAAGAAUUGAUACUCGUGGGGUGGUAGGAAGGGUGAAAGAGUUGUUUAAAGGGCACAAUCAUCUAAUUUCUGGGUUUAGCACUUUCUUGCCACAAGGUUAUGAGAUAGUUGUUACUGAUGACGAUGACGACAACGACGACGAUAACGAUACUAGUACCGGGGUGGUAGCAAAGUAGACUGCACUUAGAAGGACAUUUUCAAGUAUCAUAACUUGAAAUUUACAUGAAUGUUGUUUUAGUAUGUAUGUUAUAACUUCUAAGAAUGGUUUUAUGUUUAAGACUAUAACCAUGUUUUAAUGUUUAAGUGUUAUUAGUAUGUUACUAUGUUUGAGUUGUAGUUUUUUGGU